AGAAACAAGCUUGAAGAAAAAAGUAAAAAAACUAUGGCGCAUAUGCUAGGGACACGCCCUCCCACAAGAACGCCGGCCGAUGCUCACCACCGCCGUAACUCCUCAUCGUCUCUGUCCGAGUUUGCUCUUCAUCGUCUCGGUAAAUCGCCGCAGUUUUCGGAAGUCAACAACAUUUGGACUACCCUGCAAAAUAAGCUCAAGUGCAGAUGCAAAUUUUCGUGCCUAUUCAACGGAAACAACAAACAAGAGCAAGCCAGGAAAGCAUUGGAAAAUGCCCUUGGUGGAAAGAGAACUGAUUUUGAGAAUUGGGACAAAGAAAUUAAGAGAAGAGAAGAAGCAAACGGAGGUGGCAAUUCUGGAGGGGGUGGGUGGUUUCGUUGGCUUGGCGGUUCAGAUGGUGACAAUUUCUGGAAAGAAGCACCGCCAGCGUUCUUGACCGCGUUAGUUCUUUUUGCCAUGUAUUUGGUAGCUGUGAAAUGCGAUAUGAUGCUCGCCCUUGUUUUCAAUCCAUUGUUGUUCACAUUUCGAGGAGCAAGGGAUGGGGUCACGUCUGUAAGUUCACAAGUUAUGAAGGGGAUAACCCAAACAACACCCGAAGCCAACUCUGUCACUAGUAAAUAUGAAGAGCCUUCCCAGGCUUCUGCUAAAGACAGUGUAGUUAGCAAAUGGGGCAGUGAUUAAAGGUGAAUCUAGAGGCAAUGAACAACUUUCAUAUUUUGUACUACGUAUCAAUUGCUUCCCCUUUUCCUGUGGAAAUUGUUGAAAAAAGAAGCUUUCUACGAUGUGGUAUAAUCAAUAUUUUUACAUUCCUUAAUACUAUUCACAUCUCUACGAAAUAUUGGUCUUUUCGCCUAUUUGAUAUCGAUAGAAAGCAUUUAGACAAA